AUGUCUGAAGAAGACAAUAACAACAUUAAAAACACAACACAGUCAUCAAAUUUAUAUACUAAUGUACUACAAACAUGGACAGAAAUUGAUUUACCAAAUCUACAAAAAAAAUUAGACGAACAAGGAAUAUCAAUUAAAGAAGAUCAAAAAGCAUCAUUAUUAAGUAGAAAAAAUCUAGCCACAAAGACCAAAGAAUUUAAGAAAUUAGAAGAUGAUGAGAAGAUUAACCAAUUAAACAAAUUACUAAAGCUAUAUCAAAAUGAAAUUGAUAGUUUAACAAAUAAAAAUAAAUCAAUUGAAUCUUAUUUUUUUGGUAUUUAUAGAUUAAUUUCAGAAGCACCAGAUCCAAAACCAAUAAUUGAAAUGUCAUUAGAUUCUAUAAUUGAAAUGAAAAAUGUUCAAAAUUUGAAAAAUGAAAUUAAUAAAUUAAAUGAAGAAUUAAUUAACAAGGCAGAUUAUGAACAAUUAAAGCAAAAAUUAAUACAAAAGGAGAAUAAGUUGGUUACCUUGUCUAAAUCCAAUUCCUUACUUGAAGAAAAAGAAGAUGACUGGCUGCAAAAACUACAACUGGCCAAUGCCACCAUUCUCAAGUUAAAGAAGGAAUUGGACGAAGCAAGGACAACUGUAGAAAUUAAUAAGCUACAAUUGAAUAAUCAAAACUCAACUGCGGACAAUUCUAAUUCAAGUCCAAUAAUAUUAUCUAGAGAUAUUGAAUUUACUAAAAAAAGGAUCUUUGAGUUGGAGAAAAAGAAUGAAGAUUUAAAAAUUGAAUUAUCCAAAUCUAAAAAUGAUAAUGAGAUUGAAAUUGUCAAAAAUGAUUGUUUUAAUAAAAUUUCAGAAAUUGAAAGUGAAAAUUCAAUAUUAAUUGCAAAUUUAAAUCAAGUAAGGAGUAAAGCAAAACAAGAAUCACAAGAACAUAGUAUCAAAAUAGAGUCAUUCAAUAGAGAAAUAUCAUCAAUGCAACAAGAAAUAUCAAAUUUGAAGAAAAAAUUAGAUUCAACUUCUGAUUAUGAAGAAAUUAAAAAUGAAUUAACAUUACUUCGACAAAUUGAAUUUGGUGAAGAAACAAAUAAUAAUAUAGAUUCAGUUAUAAUUAAUAAAAAUAAACAAUUGACUCAAGAAUUGGCAAAUUAUCGAUCUCAACAUAAUGAUUUGAAUGAAAAAAUUACUCAAUUGACACAACAAUUAGAAUCUACAAAUCAAGAAUUAAAUAAUUUACGUCAAUUGAAUGAAAAAUUGGAAAAUGACAUGGCUGAUAUACAAGAUGUGUCUCAUAAUAAUAACAGAUUCAGUGAUAAUGCAUCCAUAAUUUCAAAUUUUACAAAAAUUACAAGACUAACAAGAAAUGGAAGUUUAGCAUCACUUGAAAAUAACACUAAAGAAGAUUCAAAUUCAAUUUUACCCAUAAUUACAAAACAAAGAGAUAGAUUUAGAGAAAAGAAUAAUGAAUUGGAAGAAGAAUUACGUAAACAAUUUAAUCAAAUCAAUGAUUUUAAAAGACAAAUUAAUAAGUUAAAGAAAGAUAAUGAAGAAUUGUAUGAACGUUCAAGAUAUUUAGCAUCCAUACAAACUCCAGGAACAAGAAACUUGACUACAAAUGCAGCAACAGGUAGAAAAUUAUUAUAUCCAAAACCAAAUAGUUAUGAUACUGACCUUGAAAAUCCAUAUCAGAAAAAUUAUGAAUCUAAAUUACAUCCAAUUGAACAAUUUAGAAUUAAAGAACAAGAAAGGAUAUCAUCUAGAUUAUCACCAAUUGAAAGACUAUUCAUAUCUAUGACUAGAGCAGUUUUAGCUACAAGAACAACAAGAAUGUUAUUUUUUGGUUAUUGUUUAGGUUUACAUAUUAUUGUCAUGUUUGUAACUAUUUAUUCAAUGAGUUUACAUACUAGUGCAAUACCUGAAGUUGGUUUAAAUACAAGUACUGGCGGUGCUGCUACUAAUUUAGCAGGUAGUCCAGAUUCGUUAGGAAAAGUAAUACAACCAAAUUGA